AAAGCUGGUAAGAAAAAAGUCAAAUCUAUUCUUCAAACGAUAGAUGCGACACUUUAAACAGCGCAUGGAGUAAACGUCAGUGUUGGAACAGCAUCGCAGAUUAGGGUGAUGGAUGAAUGGAUGGAUGUUCGGUCGGUUUCUAUGCCUUACCGUGGAGAAGACGGUUACCCCAACAGGUCUGCGAGAAGGUGUGCCCAAAACAAAAUGAAAGUUCAUAUAAUUUCAUUACUCAGUAGGUUUCAUUCUUAUAUGUUGCCCACUAAUGACUGACGUAAUGUAGGCCUAUAUAUUUUCAAGGGAUAUUUAAACGCAGGUGCAAUCGGUAUUAUCCCAGACAUAUGAAAUUCGCGUCAGAUCCAACACGCCAACAUCAGCAUUUUUGCCUAAUAUCAUGAAUGUCAUCAAGUCUAUGUUCUUUGUUUACGUCCUUAAAUGCAGAUGAGCACAUGCAGUUUGUUUAUGUGUGAAUUAUUUACAAUUACUGACAUUUAUAACAGUGACACAUUUGACAGCUAAGGUGUCAGAUGUGGGAAAUCCUAUCCGUGCCUUUGAUUUAACAACUCGCUGUCGCUGAUAAUGAAUAUUUAAUUUUAUUUGUUUGUUUAUGUGUUUAUUGAAACUAAGAAAAAAUACAUAUCUAAAUAAUAUUUUUCAUUUUUGUUAUGAGACUAUAUGGUCAAGGAGGAUGCAGUCUGAUCUUUUGGUUAACAGAUGCUGAGCUUUCAGUUAUAGAAUCUAAGAAUCCAAAGGCGUUCAUAUGAAGAAAACAUUUUCAAAAUAAAAAAUUUUGUUUUUUUAAAUUAAUCAACAUUGUAUCAUGUUGCUGUUUGACAGAACAGACGAUACAAUGAUAUGCCUGACCUUUUCUACAAAUGAUUUCUUAGCUUUGUGAAGUUUAAUAGUAAAUGGUAUAAUUACUUGUGAGAUGGUCAUUUCCAGCACAUCAGCAGAGCUCUGCUGCUCCCAGCUUGGACCGUGACUCUCAGCACUAACCCAGAGCUCAGACUCUGUGCCUCUUCAUAUCACAUCUUUACCUCCCCUAGGACUUACUUUACACGGACUGCCCCCCCGCAGGUACUCAGAGAUAGGGCAGCCCAGCACCACAGAGUCCUUGGCAUGUCAUCUAUAUCUGCCUGCCUUGCAUCUUACCGCUUGUCCAGGUUGUGGUGUUUGUAGGUCAGCAGCAGAGGGGUGAGUGCUGAGAACCCAGGGCUCACCUCUCACUGAUGGUGCUGCUUAGCCCAUCAUAUCAAAUGAUGCCAUUGCCAGUACAUGGGGGCUGAGGCUGUUUGGGGGGGUUAUGUACACCAAGCCGUGCCGCCAAAGCUCUGUGCUGCUGUGCUACUGUCCAAACCCUGGGAGAUUCGGCAUAUUCACAGAGCAGGAAGAGCAGCACAGCAAUGAAAAAUACAAUACAGCGCCCCCAUGAGGAUGGCAGUGGUAGGAAUUCCUGUCCUGCGUUCCCAGGCCUCCUGGCUCCAGCACUAAUCCCCCUCUCUGCUUUGCGGCACGUACAGCCUUCCGUUGUUUUCUAGGAAACCUUCCCAAAUUCUCUCUUUGUCGCUGCUUUCUUACCGCUUUCCUCCAAGUGCAAAUACUCUGAUAAGUCUGAUUGCCCUUGAUCUUGUGUUAGAACAGAUCUGGCUAAUAGAUCAAAAUAAGUAUGUGCUUUCUGGCUCAUUAUUUGUGGAGUGUACCACGAAUAAAAAUAGGAAGGAACCUCCCUCAAUGAAAGCAUGCUCUGACCAAUGUGUGCAGGCAUAAAACAGACAUCUGUACCCCCUGAUGCAGAAUAGGGAGGUACUAACUUGUUGGUUUUAGGAAGUGUUUUCAGGUGUUACACAGCCAUGUUUCUCAUUCGCUUCUCUUUUACUUGCUUCCUCUUUCAUUUGUUUUAUCUCUUGUUCAGAUUGCGUCAUGAAGAGAAGAGUGCCCCCCCCAUAAAGGUGGGGCACACACGCACAAGUGCGCACACAUACACAGGUCACGCAUUCCUGCUUUCCUCAGUAGCUUUCGGAGGCUUCCAGGAUUACAGAGAGAGGCUCAAAUAGCUUCACACUGUCUUUUCUUUGAGACCCCCCCCAAGUCAUGCACAUUCUGACUGGACCCCCCACAGCGGAGAAUUCCAUGCCUGGGAUUUGUUUUUCUUUUUUCCAGUUCUGCUGCUCGGCUCUCCCUGACCGGCUCUAUUUUAGCCUGCUCUCUUUGCGUACCCCCCACAGAGUUCUGAUCACGUGACCAUGCCACACGGAAAGCUUGCAGACUGUUGCAUAAGACUGUGGUGACCUCCAUUUUCUAAUUUAAACACAGUGGGGAGGGGUGGGGCCAAGGUCUAAAACAGAGCAGAACCUAAAUCGUGCAAAUGUUAAUGCAGAGGGUAAACUGUCCAGCAGGUGCCUUCCUGGGCCUGGAGGGUACACUGCCCAGCAGCCGGCAGGUGCCUUCCUGGGCCUGGGGGGUACACUGCCCAGCAGCCGGCAGGUGCCUUCCUGGGCCUGGAGGGUACACUGCCCAGCAGCCGGCAGGUGCCUUCCUGGGCCUGGAGGGUACACUGUCCAGCAGCCCGCAGGUGCCUUCCUGGGCCUGGGGGGUACACUGUCCAGCAGCCGGCAGGUGCCUUCCUGGGCCUGGAGGGUACACUGCCCAGCAGCCGGCAGGUGCCUUCCUGGGCCUGGAGGGUACACUGUCCAGCAGCCGGCAGGUGCCUUCCUGGGCCUGGAGGGUACACUGCCCAGCAGCCGGCAGGUGCCUUCCUGGGCCUGGAGGGUACACUGUCCAGCAGCCCGCAGGUGCCUUCCUCGGCCUGGAGGGUACACUGUCCAGCAGCCCGCAGGUGCCUUCCUCGGCCUGGAGGGUACACUGCCCAGCACCCGGCAGGUGCCUUCCUGGGCCUGGAGGGUACACUGCCCAGCAGCCCGCAGGUGCCUUCCUCGGCCUGGAGGGUACACUGCCCAGCACCCGGCAGGUGCCUUCCUGGGCCUGGAGGGUACACUGUCCAGCAGCCGGCAGGUGCCUUCCUGGGCCUGGAGGGUACACUGUCCAGCAGCCGGCAGGUGCCUUCCUGGGCCUGGAGGGUACACUGCCCAGCAGCCGGCAGGUGCCUUCCUGGGCCUGGAGGGUACACUGCCCAGCAGCCGGCAGGUGCCUUCCUGGGCCAGGAGGGUACACUGUCCAGCAGCCGGCAGGUGCCUUCCUGGGCCUGGAGGGUACACUGCCCAGCAGCCGGCAGGUGCCUUCCUGGGCCUGGAGGGUACACUGCCCAGCAGCCGGCAGGUGCCUUCCUGGGCCUGGAGGGUACACUGCCCAGCAGCCGGCAGGUGCCUUCCUGGGUCAGGAGGGUACACUGUCCAGCAGCCGGCAGGUGCCUUCCUCGGCCAGGAGGGUACACUGUCCAGCAGCCGGCAGGUGCCUUCCUCGGCCAGGAGGGUACACUGUCCAGCAGCCGGCAGGUGCCUUCCUGGGCCUGGGGAGGGGGGCUGGUAUGUGUAUAUGUAUGUGUGUAUGUGUGUGUGUGUGUGUACAGCUGUGGGAGAGAGAAACAUGAGAUGCUGGGAUGAGAAAGUGCCGCUGGCAUCACUUAAAAAGCAUUAUUACGUGGAUUUAAAUACAGCACCUUAUGGAGUCCUUUGCCUUUUCAUCUGCUUCAACUGUACUUCUCUCUGUCUCCUUCCUCUUACCCCUCCAAAUGACUCAUAAGUCCCAGUGCAGCGAUGGGGACACUGUGGCCAGCAGGUUGGCCCAUCCUGUGGUCAGUGUGAAUCCCAGUGCCUGAGUACAGCGAUGGGGACACUGUGGCCAGCAGCUUGGCAAAUCCUGUGGUCAGUGUGAACCCCAGUGCAGCGAUGGGGACACUGUGGCCAGCAGGUUGGCCCAUCCUGUGGUCAGUGUGAAUCCCAGUGCCUGAGUACAGCGAUGGGGACACUGUGGCCAGCAGCUUGGCAAAUCCUGUGGUCAGUGUGAAUCCCAGUGCCCCAGUGCAGCGAUGGGGACACUGUGGCCAGCAGGUUGGCCCAUCCUGUGGUCAGUGUGAAUCCCAGUGCCCCAGUGCAGCGAUGGGGACACUGUGGCCAGCAGGUUGGCCCAUCCUGUGGUCAGUGUGAAUCCCAGUGCCCCAGUGCAGCGAUGGGGACACUGUGGCCAGUAGGUUGGCAAAUCCUGUGGUCAGUGUGAACCCCAGUGCAGCGAUGGGGACACUGUGGCCAGCAGGUUGGCCCAUCCUGUGGUCAGUGUGAAUCCCAGUGCCCCAGUGCAGCGAUGGGGACACUGUGGCCAGCAGGUUGGCCCAUCCUGUGGUCAGUGUGAAUCCCAGUGCCCCAGUGCAGCGAUGGGGACACUGUGGUCAGCAGGUUGGCCCAUCCUGUGGUCAGUGUGAAUCCCAGUGCCCCAGUGCAGCGAUGGGGACACUGUGGCCAGCAGGUUGGCCAAUCCUGUGGUCAGUGUGAAUCCCAGUUACCUAGUGCUGCCCCUUCAUCACCUUAGCUACUGUGUGAUGAAUAUACUGCUGUAGAACUGCUGACGUCACAUCACCUAGGUGGGUGUUACACAGUGGUGGUGGGUGAAGUGGCUCCCCAUUGAUUCUGUAAACCGCUUUCGGUGUCUGGAAAAGUGUUAUAUAAAUGUGGCAUUCAUUCAUUCAUUCAUUCAUUCAUAAGUAUUGAAAUAAUGGAGAAGACUGCACUCCACGAUCCGCCGUUUUCCCGCUGGGAGGACCUCGCAUAUUCCUCACUGCAGUCUCCCAAGUCAGUGUAACUUCACUGAUGUCUCACUGCUUGCUACACACAUCCACAGAAUCUUAGCAAGUACCGACACAUAAUGUUAGACAAAAAUAUAUCAGUAGCAGCCAAAAUGUCCACAUUUCAGCACCAUUACUAUAAGUGCAGUAUAAAAUCGCAUCUCUGAACGCAGUUUUUCCAAUUUGGCCCCUUACAAGAUUAGCUGAGAUGAAUCACCACACAAAGCAGUUCUCUUUAAACUGCAGAAUGGAAUGUUAAUCUGCCAUUUAUACUGAGGAACAGAAACCCGGCACAUUUGGUUAAUUGUUUCAGUUUUAAUUGUUGCAUUUCCUUUCAAUUAUGAAAUUAUUAAUGAUUAACGGUAAUGAUUAAAUUAAUAAAAAUGGUGACAAUUUAAUAAUUAUCUAUAUUACCCAAAUUUUUUAUGAUUAUUACAUUAAUUAGCUUAUUAAAUUAUGUAAUUAAAAAAUGUAAUUAUUAAAUUAUUUCAAUUAUCUUGCAGAUGAUCAUUAGGUUUGCUUUUUUACAAGGGGCAACCAAUUAUACAAUAUGGUGGUUUUCAUUACGAAAGCUGGUGGAUAGAGGGUGUAAAGUCUUUAAUUAUGACGAAAUCUCCUUAAUGUCUGUCUGUGGUCUGUGUGUGUGAGGGCCAAGGCCUUUGACUUCUGACAGUUUGUCCCUCCACAGCUACCA